AUGAGCUAUUUUUGUUCCUCAUGUUUUCAAGUUAUUGAAAAAGGUGGACAUUUAUUCAGCUGUAAUAUUUGUCCCGAUUUCAAUUUAUGUGCUGAAUGUGAGAAGUCGGGGAAACAUUUGGAACACGGGCUUUUGCGAACUAUUAUUUCCAAUGGCGAUGUUUAUGAUGAUACUUCUGAACUUGAGGGUGAUGAAUUUGAAACAAUUCCAUCGAAUAAUCCGAUUUGCUCGAAUUGCGAUAGAGUUAUCAGAAAACACAUGUUCAAAUGUCAGAUCUGCAACAACAAUUUUGUGAUUUGUGAUAUUUGUGAAAAUCAAGGAAUUCAUCCGAAUCAUCCACUUUUGCGAAUUGCGAAACGAAAUGAUAGAAAUAAUUGUGUCUUGAUAAACCAGGCCAAAUUCGAAGUGAUAAAUUUGAAUGUGAAGGUAAUUUUUGUAUUCUAAAGUUUUUUUGUAUUCUCUUCUUCAGACGAAACCUGACUCAGAUCAACUAACUGAAAUUCUGAAAGAGGUGGCAAUUGAGAAUAAUCGAAUUAAUGAAGAGUCAUUGAAGAAUCCGAUUUGCUCGCGUUGCAAUCAAGUUAUCCUAACUCGCAUCUUCAAAUGCACAAUUUGCCAAAACAGUUAUUAUUGUGAUAAUUGUGAAAACCAGAAAAUUCAUUCAAAUCACCCACUUAUGAGAAUUCUGGACAGAAAUAAUGCGAAUAUUUGUGAAUUGAUGGAUCGUGAGAAUUAUGAAGCGAUGAAUUUGAGUAUAGCAAGGGUUCAAGAAGUUAGAGAUUUUUUAUUGAUCUCAAAGUAUAUCAGAAUAUUUCAGGCACUUCCAUGGCAAUCAAAAAUCCGUAUAACUUUUGACACUAUUUGGCAGACUGUCUCUAUCGAAGUUUACCCAUCCGAUCCAAUUUCUGUGAUUCAACCAAAAGUUCUAGAAAAUCUCGGAUGUUCGAUGUUUGCCUAUCGCGCUGUUUUCAAUUAUAAAUCUAUGAAAUUCGGCAAUACAUUCAGAGAUUACGAAAUUUCGAAUGGCUCCAAGAUUUAUGGAGUUAAAAAAUUCGGCACUGAUGAUGAAGUUGAAGAUGAAAGUGAUGCAAUAGAACGUGACUUGAUUAUCACAAUGACCAACAAAUUGCGUUUUGAUUUUCGCAAAAAAUUAUCUAUGGUUUUUAAAAACACGAGACUUCGUAGAAGAAAUGCGAUUGAUUCAUAG